AGCCAAUCAUAAGCCAGGCUGUGUUCCUACGCUACCUGGAAAGCGAAUCGUGGGGAAGCCACGUCUACGAUUGGUCCCUCCGUGACGAAGAUUUAAUUUUGAAUUUUUCUUUAUGGCGUGGAAGAAGCCACUGCCCGGACUCCAUCUAAUCCCCAGGCUCUUAGACUAGGACAAGUGACCAGACCUGGGUUAUUGGAUCAAGUCAGGCCUCGAGCCGAGGAUCCUGAUAACAGAUUCAAGAGUGUGUAAGGUUUGCUGUAAUGAAAUUAUGCCCAAGUUCAAACAACGAAGAAGAAAGCUAAAAGCCAAAGCCAAAAGAUUAUUUAAGAAAAAAGAAGCCUCUCACUCCCAGUCCAAGCUACCUACACCUCCCCCUCCACUACCCUCACCAGAAAGAGUGAUUAUUUCUUCAACAGAUGUACCCAUUCCCCAUAGUAGAAACUGGCUAAGACCAUUUUGGAACUUCAAACUUCCCAACAUCAAAGAUGCAAUAAAGCUUUGGAAAAAUAGUGUGUGGUCUAUAUACAGCUGGUGCCAGAACUGUGUAGCCCAGGGUUUAGAAGUAUUGAAAGAUACCAUCUUUCCAUCCCGAAUCUGCCACCGAGAACUUUACAGUCUAAAACAACAAUUUUGCAUUUUGCAGAAUGAAUUAUGCAAGCUCCAAGAAACAUUGAAGAUUGUCUCAGAAAAUUCUUGUCCAAGCUGUGGUCAAACAUGUUACAGGAGUGGUAAACUUACAAAGGAGCCUGCCAGUGAUGUAAUCACCUUGGAGGAAUCCCCAGCUGUACCUCCUUCCACACUACCACAGCUGGCCAGCCAUCCUCCUCCACCUCCACCUCUACCUCCUCCUCCUCCACCUCCUCCUCUGCCUCCUCCACCACCCCCACUAGCACCUUUGCUGCUCAGAAAAUCUGGCCUCACUCAAGCACUUCAGACUGGACCAUUAAAAAAAGAUGGACCUUUGCAGAUAACAGUUAAAGAUCUUCUGACUGUGAAAUUAAAGAAGACACAGAAUAUUGAUGAAAGGAAGAAGCUUGUACCAUCACCAAAGACACGGAAUCCACUGGUUACUGUCUCUGACUUGCAGCGUGUUACCCUGAAACCGAACUCCAAAGCAUUAUCAACUCGAGUUACAAAUGUUCUAAUUACUCCUGGUAAAAGCCAGAUAGAUCUGCGGAAACUGCUUAGAAAAGUUGAUGUAGAGAGAAGCCCAGGUGGAACUCCUCUAACCAAUAAAGAAAAUAUGGAAACAGGAACUGGACUGACCCCAGUGAUGACCCGUGCAUUGAGGAGAAAGUUUCAGCUGGCUCACCCUAGAAGCCCGACUCAAACUCUGCCACUUUCUACAAGCAACUUUGAUGAACAAAAUUGAUACCAACUCUGCCAACUCCAUGUGGUGACCCAUAAAGUAUACAGAUAAAAUUACCCAAAUCUUUUUUAAUGUAGUUAAGUAUGUGUAAAUAUACUAAUGUAAUUCCAUUUUCAGAAUUACAGUAUGUGUGGAGACUACACAUACAAUGGUAUAAAGUAUUUGGAUAUUUCCUAGUUUGCAUGAUGGUUAGAACCAGAUGGGAAAAUGCAGUCUUCAAAAUGGUGUUUAUCCUGCAAUUGCCCAAUUUAGGUUAGAGAGGUUGUUCACAUUUAACUAGUUAACUCAAGUUUAUACUGUAUAGUUUUAGUUAUAACAUUAAGAAAAUAAGUAUGGUUCUUGUUCAUCUUCUUUAUUUGUGGCAACUAAAAAUUAUUUCAGCCUGUAAGGUUCAUACAUUUAUUGCUAUAAACUUGAUCUAUAAAAAAAAAACCUUCUGGGUUUCUUUCUUCUUCUUCUUCUUCUUCUUCUUCUUUUUUUUUUUUUUUUUUGAUACCAGGGAUUAAACCCAGAGGUGCUUAACCACUGAGCCACAUCCCUAGUCCUUUUUAUUUUCUAUUUUUUUAAAAAUAUAUAUAUUAGUUGUAAAGGGGCACAACAGCUUUAUUUUGUUUAUUUAGGUUUUUUGUUUUUUUUUUAAAUGUGAUGCUGGGGAUGGAACCCAGUGCCUCACACAUGCUAUGCAAGUGCUGUACCAUUGAGCCACAACCCCAGCCUUUUAUUUUCUACUUUGACACAGGGUGUCACUAAAUUGCUGAGGCUGGCCUUGAACUUGGAAACUUUCUGCUUUAAGCUCCCAAACCACUGGAAUUAUAGGCAUGUGCCAUUGUGCCCAGCUCCAGAUUUUAUUUCUACAGAUACAAAAUAGACCAUCUCCCAUCCAAAGACAACUAUUUUCCAAAAGAAUGUGAAGCAAAACACCCAAUGUGACCUUAAAUAUUAGAGUGUACCACUGGGCUUUAUAGCACACACCUAUAAUCCCAGCAUUUUGGGAGGCUAAGGCAGGAGAGCUGAAGUUUGAGGCAGCCUCUGCAACUUACCAAGUCCCUCUCUCAAAAUAAAAAAAAAUAAAAAUUAAAAGAACUGAGGAUGUAGCCCCGUGGUAAAGCAUUCUUGGAUUCAAUCCCCAGUUCAAGAACAUAAAAAAAUAAAAUAAAAUAAAAUUAGGGCUGGGACUGUAGCUCAGUGGCAGAGCAUAAAAAUAAACAAAAUAAAGGCAUUCUGUCUAUCUACAACUACAGAAAUUUUUUUAAAAAUACAAUGUAUCAUUUAUAGCACCUUAGGUAGGUAGUUCUAACUAACGCACAGAAAUCUGAGGUAUUCCUUAUUUUUGUUUUUGUUUUUGUUUCUUUUCUUGGUGCUGGAGAUUGAACACAGCAUCUUACAUUUAUUAAGCAUGUUGUCUACCACUGAGCUACAUCCCCAGUCCUUCUAUUCCUUGCUUUUAUAUCUGCUGUCUGCUUAUGUAUAUAACUAUACUUUUUUUUGGUGUGUGUGUGUGUGUGUGUGUGGUGCUGGGGAUUGAACCCAGGGCCUUGUUUAUGUGAGGCAAGCACUCUACCAACUGAGCUAUAUCCCCAGCCCAUAUGUAUAUAACUAAAUAAAAAUUUCAUGAAAACUUCAACAUAAAAAAAAAAAGAAAGAAAGAAAACUUCACUGUGAAUCUUCAGCUUUCCACAAUACCCUGCAAAGGAUUCUUUGAUGUCCCUGUCCCUGGUUCCCUGUCCUCACUAGUUUGUGUAUUCAAUAGUAGUAAUAAUGCACAUCCCACUGUUUUUGUUUUUGUUUUGUUUUCCUUUCUUUCUUUCCAGUUUAGAGUUGUCAGAUUUGGCAAAGAGGAAUGCAAGAAACUCUGGGCUGGAAAUGUAGUUCAGAAGUAGAGGGUUGCCAGGCAACCAGGUGAGGCCCUGGGUUCAAUCCACAGCACUGAAAAACUAAACUUUUUUUUUUUAUUCAUCAUUUAUCUAAAAUUCACAUUUAAUUGAGCAUCUUACAUUUUACUUAGCAAUCUUAUUAGUCAUUUCCAUGCAAAGUUGUAGAGUAUAUUUGGGAGCCCCCAGUUUGCCAGAUAUGUCUGCUGUAGCUUCAGCCAGGAUUCCCAUCACAUAUGUGCUAAGUAUCAUGGAACAGAGAAUUCUCAUUAUGGUGGGUUUGACUAAAGGCACAAAGGCACAGGAUUAGCUUUUUUUUUUUUCUUCCCCCUGUUCUGGGGAUCAAACCCAGGGUCUUAUACAUGGUAGGCACUCUACACUGAGCUACAUCCGCAGCCCCAGGAAUACCUUUGAUGCUGAUAUCCUCCUCUGUAGAUCCCCCUCAUCCAUAGGAAGCAAGGAUUUCAGAUCUUCUCUGAACUUUCCAGUCUGACAGUAAGCAGCUAUGGAAAAGAUAUCCUUGAAAUAUCCUCAAGUUAGCUUAGGCUAGAAAGAUAAUUUAGCAAUUUCCCAGAAAUGCCUCUAUUUCCCCAGAAAAAUAUUGCUUUGAAAUGCCAAAUAAGAGUGUUAGAAAGUCACUAGACUGGAAAGCUGACCUGGGGACAAUUUUUAGCACUUAAGAGGCAGUUCUCUGUUUAUGAGACCUACAUUUGUGUUUAAAGAACAUUUAUAAAUUAAAACAGAUAGUAAAGAGAUAGCUAUUUCUAGGAAAACUUUUUUGGUUUUGUUUUGUUUUUUGGUAAUGGUGAUUGAACCCAGCAUGGUUUACCACUGAGCUACAUCCUUAGUCAUUAUUUUUUUUAAUUUUUUAUUUUGAGACAGGGUCUUGUUGAGUCACUGAGGGUCUCACUAUGUUGCUUGAGACUGACUUGAACUUGAAAUCCUCCUCCCCUAGACUUCCAAGAGUAAAAUUUUUUUGUUUGUUUGUUUGUUUUUAAUUUAUUUUUUAGUUGUAAUUGGACACAAUACCUUUAUUUUAUUUUUUUAUUUUUAUGUGCUGCUGAGGAUCGAACCCAAGGCUUCGCACGUGCUAGGUGAGCGCUCUACUGCUGAGCCACAACCCCAGCCCCAAGAGUAAAAGGUUUUUUUUUUUUUAUUUUUUUCUAAAUAUGUUAGUGACUUUUAUAUUGUGUGAAAUUAAGCAAAGGCUGGGAGUUGUGGCUCAGUGAUAGAGCACUUGCCUAGCAUAUGUAAGGCACUGGUUUGGAUUCUCAGCAGCACAUAAAAUAAAUAAGUUAAGUAAAAUAAAGGUAUCAUGUCCAUCUACAAUUAAAAAGUGUAUAAAUAAAUAAAGAAAAUGAUGACUGAGAAAAAAAGUAGCUGAGUAUUUGUUAACAACAUAAUAUUUUAUGGGGCACUUAUGUUUAUAGUACCAAUAAACUACAAUAUACUGUAUUAGUGUAUCUAAGUGACUUGAUUAUUCUUGUGGGAUAAAAGUUCAUAAGAAAACUGCAUUAGAAAUCAAUAGAUAAACAUUUGCAAAGCUGCUAUUGCUAUUGUACCAGUAUUAAAAUAUGCCCUAUGUCACAUCUUUUAGUAAUUUUUAUGACAGAUUUUAUAUUGUAACUAUUUGAGUUUUAUAUAAAUGAUAUGGCUUCAUUAAACUUUGCUUAUCAUAUGCUUCCAAUGUUCAUUUUGACACUGAAUGGUAGAGAAUGUAAACAACCAAGGUGCAUUUAGUUAUAUUUUUAAAUAAAAAUCAAUAAAAACCUUUGGUAUUUUU